CGAUUCUCCAUGUUUGUACGAGUAGCUGAGCCAUUUUGGUGUUCGGGAUUGCUCCCUCUAGCUGGCUAGCUAGCUUGUGAGGGAAGUCGCGCAGCUAGCUAGUUAUUCUCCGUUAGUUGUUUUGAAUAAACAAGUACACAUGUUUAUAAUUUUGCCAUAAUAAAGUUUCUUGGAAAAAAACUUAAGAAAACGAAACGCCUGAACAAGACACUGACGAACAGGCUACACCGCUGGCUAGCAAAUCGUCGGUAAGGGAAACGAGUUUCCUCUGUUGCCCACCGUAUUCCCUCUGGGACCCCCCUCCAGAACACAGGGCAGCGGCUGAAGGAAAGUCUUCUCCCUCGUUCCAGUCUCAUGGGACCACAGCCUCGGAGCGAAGGGAGACUUUCCAGACUGCGCGAAAAGCGGACUCUACGAUCUAGGAGACCUUAAAGGACGCCGCCUGCGGCUCACCCGCUGCUGCUUUGACACAGAGUACAGAGACCUAGCCCCCGGAGGCCCCGCGGUCCCUCGCCAUGUCGAUCACGAACACUCCCACCAGCAACGACGCCUGCCUGAGCAUCGUGCACAGCCUGAUGUGCCACCGGCAGGGCGGCGAGAGCGAGUCCUUCUCCAAGCGCGCCAUCGAGAGCCUGGUGAAGAAGCUGAAGGAGAAGAAGGACGAGCUGGACUCGCUCAUCACCGCCAUCACCACCAACGGGGCGCACCCCAGCAAGUGCGUCACCAUCCAGCGCACCCUGGACGGCCGCCUGCAGGUGGCCGGGCGGAAGGGCUUCCCCCACGUGAUCUACGCGCGGUUAUGGCGGUGGCCCGACCUGCACAAGAACGAGCUGAAGCACGUCAAGUACUGCCAGUUCGCCUUCGACCUGAAGUGCGACAGCGUCUGCGUGAACCCGUACCACUACGAGAGGGUGGUGUCUCCGGGAAUCGACCUGUCAGGACUGACUAUAAACAACUCCGUUCCCUACGGCCUGACGGUGAAAGACGAGUACGACUUCGAGGGCCCGUCCUCGCUGCCCAGCGUCGAGGGCCACGCCCCGACGAUCCAGCACCCCCCCUCCAGGACGGCGGCCCCGGAGCCCUUCAGCGGCCCCGCCCUGCUGCCCGCCGCGGAGGCCAGCGGCUCCGCCUCCUCGGCCUUCUCCAGCAUCGCCGUGGGAUCCGCGCCCCAGUCCAGUGGCCUGCUGUCGGGGGCUCCCAGUGGGGAGGGGCUGCUGCCAACGGCCUCAGGAGCAGGACAGGGCUCGCAGCAAAAUGGCUUCCCUUCUGGCCAGCCUGCCACCUACCACCACAGUGCAAACUCAACAUGGACGAGAAGCGGCAGUUUCACACCCAACAUCCCUCACCAUCAAAAUGGGCAUCUACAGCACCAUCCCCCGAUGCCUCACCCUGGACACUACUGGCCCGUACACAAUGAGAUUGCAUUCCAGCCCCCAAUAUCCAACCAUCCAGCGCCUGAUUACUGGUGCUCCAUCGCCUACUUCGAGAUGGACUUGCAGGUGGGCGAGACCUUCAAAGUGCCCUCCACCUGCCCCAUCGUGACCGUGGACGGAUACGUGGACCCCUCGGGCGGAGACCGCUUCUGCCUCGGCCAGCUGAGCAACGUGCACCGGACCGAGGCCAUCGAGAGAGCCAGGCUGCACAUCGGCAAGGGCGUCCAGCUGGAGUGCAAGGGGGAAGGGGACGUGUGGGUGCGUUGCCUUAGCGACCACGCGGUCUUCGUGCAGAGCUACUACCUGGACCGGGAGGCCGGGAGAGCGCCCGGCGACGCCGUGCACAAGAUCUACCCCAGCGCCUACAUCAAGGUGUUUGACCUGCACCAGUGCCACAGGCAGAUGCAGCAGCAGGCGGCGACUGCGCAGGCGGCGGCCGCAGCCCAAGCCGCCGCGGUCGCCGGGAACAUCCCCGGACCCGGCUCUGUGGGGGGCAUCGCUCCUGCUAUCAGCCUGUCGGCGGCGGCGGGCAUCGGCGUGGACGACCUGCGGCGGCUCUGCAUCCUGCGCAUGAGCUUCGUGAAGGGCUGGGGCCCCGACUACCCGCGGCAGAGCAUCAAGGAGACGCCCUGCUGGAUCGAGAUCCACCUGCACCGCGCCCUGCAGCUGCUGGACGAGGUGCUGCACACCAUGCCCAUCGCAGACCCGCAGCCCAUAGACUGAGCCCUCGCUCCCUCCCUCCCUCCUCCUAAUCCUCCUCCUCCUCAUGUUCUGCUCGCCAGGAAGGAGCGCGUCCUCUGUACCAGAUUCAGUAACGGGGACAAAAGACUGACACGUCACUGUUCUCUUCAUUUUCUUUUUUCUUUUCUGUUUUUUCUUGGUAGUUUUUGUUUUUUUUCCCUCCUCAGUCCUUGUGGCAUGUGUCCCUUGUCAGCAGUGAGAUUAUUUUAGCUCUUAGUUGCAUUAUUACCCAUCGUAUAAUGAAGUGAGAAUCGAAGACGUCUGCUGUGUGACCCUGCAGUGAGUGUACCGGCUCGGUCAGCACAGCAGCGGACUUGAAUGGCGGUGAUUUCGACCCGUGAGGAUGUGGAGCAGAGAUCCAGCAGCAUGAUAUUGUGGCAUUUUACGUAAAUAUUCUCCCGAUUGCGGAUUCUGUUCUUUUUUCUUUUUUUUUAUUUUUUAUCUCGGUGUUGUGUAUGGGUUUCUUUUUGGUUCUAACGGUGUACCAGGGGAAAACGGCAGGUGAUCCUGAAAUGCCAUUACUGCACACGGUCUAGUUCACUGUGACCUCCUGAAAAAUAUGGCCAUAUGUGUGGGUAGUGUGUACUGCCCAGGCAUGCAAGCACUUGUGUCUCAUGCAAGUUUUGGUAUGUAAUUAAUCUUCUUUUGCUAAGGGGCUCUUAUUUGAGCCCACGACGCAUGGUGCAAACAUAUUCAUGUGGUAUAUUAAUGCAAAAUUACACUAAAAAACUCCACAACUAUGUACAUUAUCAGAUCUUUCAGUAUUUAGCGUGUCCAGCUUUUGCCCUUGUCACAGCUUCCAUUCUUUUCGGGAGACUUGCUUUGAGUUUUUAAAAAAAUGUUUUAUAAAGAAAUCCAGAGGGAUCAUUUUCUGUGCUCCUUGUAAACGCCUCCAAAAUUCGGUUUUUGAAGUCCGGUUGCAUUUUCUGCUUCUCGCGACUCAGUUAAUCCCAAACAAAUUCAGUGGUGUUGAAGCCUGGACUCCUGGGUGACCUGUUAAUUCUUCUGAGUGCACCAGCACCUUAGCAGUUUGCUUGGGGUCGCUAUCCUGCUGUAGAACGAAUUUGCUCCUUAUCAAACACUGUCCGGAGGAUAUUGCAUGAUAUGUUUGUGUUUUAUAGAUUUGUUUGUAUUUAUAAGCAUUUUCUUUCAGAUUUGAAGCAAGAGGGACAUCACUGACACUUUUGGUUACAACUUUUAUUUAGUUUUGGUAGUAGGGUGCACAAAAGACAGAGUGGACAAAUACAGAAAGAUUUUAUAUUAUAUGUAGUGGUGGAAGCUAUUCUGUUAUGUUUCCUGGAUUAUUGUCUGACAUGGAGGGACAAAAUUGCAAUGGACGGCUGAUUUGACUGGAAAUUAAAUAAACGAAAGGGUGGUCUCUGACAUUUGCUAUAUAUAUAUAUAUAUAUAUAUAUAUAUAUAUGAUUUUUUAAAACUACUUGUACAGUAGUUAUUUGGCUGAUAAUAUUAUGGCUUGGAUCAGUAAGAAGGGGAAUCUCUGGGAAGAGCAGAUCUGCUAGUGCUAAUGUACUCAUUGAUGGUUGAUAUUAAUAUGGCACAGAUGCAGCGAGCGGGCCCUAAGGAUUUACCACAGGAAUCCAGUUCUGUGUAGUUACAAACUGGCCACCUUCUAAAAGCAUUUCCAUGACAUGCUGCGUCUGGUUAACAUGGUGUCAGGAAACCCGGUAGUAUUUCAGUGUCUGUUCAAGACCCUGUGAAAAUGCAGUGUUUGUCCAACCCCUGCACUUCCAGCAUAUUGGAUUAUCCCACAUAUGCCAGUACAUUCUCGCUACUUCAGAGUCACUGCCCAAAGAGCCUGUGGGAUGACGGUAACAUGCUCUGAAAAAUGUAAUGAUAAUAUUGUACAAUAUUGUUCUUUCUGUUAUCUCCAGAGCACAUUUUAUUUCAUCUUACAUAUCAUGCAAAAGUCAUGAACUGUGGUGCGAUGCAUUGAAAUACUCCUAGUCUUGGAAAUGGCCAAUGAUUUUGUAAUGUGAUCAUUAACGUACUCUACAAAAACUGGUGAAGUGCGUCAGGUCAGGUGGUACUGAACCGCGAACCUCUGGCAUUCCCCUGGGACUGUGGAUGUGUGUCGAAAGCUGAACGGCAGGCUAAACCGCACAGCCCUGAGGAACUGCAGUGCUCUGUUCUAUCUCACUGCUGUCGCACGCGGUGUUACCCACUUGGGCAUGCUAUAUUAUGAUUAUGGGAAAACUGGAAGUGAUUUUUUUAAGGUGGUCCUCUUAAGGUGGUCCACCUGUUUAUGCUGAAAAAUAAUUUUUUUAAAUUAACGUUUCAGAGGAGCACUCAAGCACGUUUUACUUUGGGCUCAUUUCCCGCAGCGUAGUUCUUCUGUUUGGGCAGCUGUGUCCUGUAUGCACCAUAAUCCGUACGUUUCGUCACCACCAGAGUCGCUUUCUGUUGAUCGGUCAUUUUGAUCUUUACUUGCUGCUCCUGUACCACCUUUCCAGUUUGCGGUUGGAAUCGGCAGUUGUGCCUCUGAACUUUUGGAGCCAGCACUGCACUCUUAGAGAAGCAGAUUGAUGAAAAUUUAGCAAAAUAAAAAUUGUGCCAAGGAAUUCUCUAUAGCUAUGAAAUAUACAUUGUGUAAGGUCACUGAAAAGAUGGCAGAAGCACAGGCAAAAUGAAUUGGUUUUAAAACUGCAGGAAUCUCGCUACAUAUUGGUAAGGUCCCAUGAAAUGGUUAUGAUUAGCAUUUCAUUUUUAUUUUUGAGAGUAGUCAUGUUCAUGUCUCUGUACAACGGUAUUACUGAAGUUAACCAAACCAGUUUUUCUUCCAGAAUAUUUUGACCCCGAAUAAAAUGUAUAUUAUUUUGUAUUUUAGUUAUAUAUGUGCCGGUCAAAUUUGUCAGGUCAUUUUAGAGAUGCACUCUGUGUGUUGGACAUUUCAUUGUGAAAUUUUCUGUAUUCUGUAAGGCUAAGAUAUGAGUGUAUUUUUUGAAAAUGGUAAUAUCAGCAUAUAGGCUUUAUAAAAUAUUAGAAGAUUAUUAAUAUAGUGGUUAACAACAUGACAUUGUUUGCAUCAUGCGUACCUUGAAAGUUACAAAUUCAUGAAGGGAUAAAGGUUUGCAACAAAACAAGUGAUCAUUUAUAAUAAUCGUUUAAAAUAAUUUAUAUGGUCAACUGCAGUAGUCAAGAUACAAAUGUGAGAUUUGGUUUUUUGUGGUUGUUUUACAUGUUGAAAUGUACAUGGCAACUUUCAAGAAAAUCCUGAAGCGAGGUGGCCUUUUGAAAAGGGUUCGAUUUCAUCCUGGUGUCACAUGCUCCCAUGUGUACAAAAGACGUUGCAUUUUGUAACGCAGAGUGGUCUAUUUUAAACCGAGAAACCUGUAUUUUUUACUUUUUGCUUCUCACCUAGAGGUAUAUUAAGUUCAUUUAAUUGUGUGAUUAGUGUGCUUUCUGUAGAUAUAACGGACUAGACUUUUUUUGUUUGUUUUUUUUGUAAAUAUCCCUGUCAGUGGGGAAUUUUUUUUUUUCUUCCUGUUAUUUUUUUUUAAAUUUUACAUUGCAUGUCCGUGUUUAUUAGAUCCUGAAGCAAAGGAUUGUGGUUAUUUCUGCGUAAUCUGACCCCAAACACUGAUGGGUACAUUUUGCCUGAACCUGGCUAAGUUGCAGAGUUCAGAUCAGUAUUCGAGAGAGAAGUCUGGAUUCACGUUUUUCAGAUGCUGAUUUUAAAUGUACGUGCAUUUUCAUUUUAUCACUACAGAUGAGUAUGAGCGCCAUUCUCUUGGGAAGCCCACCACCGCUGGGGGUCUCGCAAUCUGCAUUAUGGUGUCCUGCCUCAACGCUGUGAUUCAGGAGCCUGUAUAUUACAUAUUAAAAAUCAUAAAUGAAAUGUUAAAAUAA